AAGAUGGGCGUCCUCCAAGAUGCCGCCAACCAUCCGGUGGCCCAGCUCUACUUUGAGCAAGGCAUUGGCGCGCGGAUUGCCAUUGGCGCUGCCGGCUUCAUCGCCCUCGCCGUCUUCCUCAACGUCCUGCAGCAGCUGCUCCCGAAAAAGGCCAGCGAGCCGCCGAUGGUGUUUCACUGGUUUCCCUGGAUCGGCAGCACGGUGAUUUACGGCAUGGAUCCUCCCAAGUUCUUCCGCGAGAAUCGUGCAAAGUAUGGCGACGUCUUCACCUUUAUCCUGCUCGGCAAGAAGACGACCGUGGCCGUGGGCCCCGCUGGAAACGACUUUAUCCUCAACGGAAAGCUCAAGGACGCCAAUGCAGAGGAGAUUUACAGUGUCCUGACCACGCCCGUCUUUGGACGAGAUGUUGUCUACGACUGCCCCAAUGCCAAGCUGAUGGAACAAAAGAAGUUCAUGAAAAUCGCCCUCACGACCGAAGCGUUCAGGAGCUACGUCCCCAUCAUCUCCCACGAGGUUAUCUCCUACUUUAAGCGCGAUCCCGACUUCAAGGGCAAGUCCGGCAUUGUCGACAUCCCCAAGAAGAUGGCCGAGAUCACAAUCUUCACUGCCUCCCACGCGCUCCAGGGCAGCCUCAUCCGCAGCAAGUUCGACGAGACCCUGGCCGACCUGUACCACGACCUCGACAUGGGCUUCACCUCCAUCAACUUCGUGCUCCACUGGGCGCCUCUCCCCUGGAACCGCAAGCGCGAUCACGCCCAGCGCACCGUGGCCAAGAUCUACAUGGACACCAUCAAGGAGCGACGCGCCCUCGGCGACCAGGACAAGGAACUCGACAUCCUGAAGCACCUCAUGACGUCCAAGUACAAGGACGGCACCCCCGUUCCCGACCACGAAAUCGCCCACAUGAUGAUUGCCCUGCUCAUGGCCGGCCAGCACUCUUCGUCCUCCACCAGCUCCUGGAUCAUGCUCCGCCUCGCCCAGUACCCGAACAUCGUCGAGGACCUCUACCAGGAGCAGAUCCGCGUCCUGGGCGCCGACCUGCCUCCCCUCCAGUACGAGCACCUCGCCAAGCUGCCCCUGUGCCAGGCCAUCGUCAAGGAGACGCUGCGUCUCAACGCCCCGAUCCACUCCAUCAUGCGCAAGGUCAAGCAGCCGAUGCCCGUCCCCGGAACCAAAUACGUCAUCCCCACGUCCCACGUCCUCCUCGCCGCGCCCGGCGUCAGCGGCUCCGACCCCAACUACUUCCCCAACCCUGAGCUGUGGGAUCCGUACCGCUGGCUGCCCGGCUCGCCCAACGCUCCCCUGCUGGCCCGGAACGACGAGGAGGAGGAGAAGAUCGACUACGGCUACGGCAUCGUCAGCAAGGGCGCCGCUUCGCCGUAUCUCCCCUUCGGCGCGGGCCGCCACCGAUGCAUCGGCGAGCACUUUGCCAACCUGCAGCUGCAGACCAUUGUCUGCGAGGUGGUGCGACUGUUCAAGCUGAGCAACGUGGACGGCAGCAACAACAUUGUCGGCACCGACUAUGCUUCUCUGUUCUCCCGACCGCUGGAGCCCGCCAAGAUCCGGUGGGAGCGGAGAGAUUGAGGGGAUGUC